GAGCCCUCUCCUCUCCGUGACCUCUGUAUAGAGUAAACCCACAGCUUUUCUACUUUCUGUUUCAAUAUCCUUAACUCUUCACCAUUUCAUCGACUAAUCUCUUGGAAUUUGUAGCGAAGAUGCUGGUUUUGAAAUCGGGUGAUGUGGAGCAAUUAAUACUGAUCGGGAAUGGAGGUUUUGGACGGGUGUACAAAGGAUGGAGCAAAACUCUGAGAAUGGAGGUCGCUCUGAAAGUAAUUCAAGGCUCCAGUAUUCAGGAUCUGACAAAAAAAGUGGAAAAGGAAAGAGACAUAAUGGUGAAAGCGUGUAAUACCUAUGUCUUGCUCGUCCUUGGGGUAUACGAUAAAGGAGAAGGAGACCUCGAGAAGCCUUGUCUAGUUAUGGAGUAUAUGCCACACGGUUCCCUCCACACUUUGUUCACCAGAUCCUUAGAAGUUCCCUGGGCCUUAAAGUUUCAAAUUCUCUACCAAGUGGUCCUGGGAAUGAAUUAUCUCCACAGCCUUGAUCCUCCAAUAAUUCACAGAGACCUAAAACCUGGCAACGUUCUACUGAAUAGGCACUUAGACGUCAAGAUCACAGAUUUUGGAUUGUCCAAGAUUUUGGGAAUGAAUUCAUCAGGACAAAAUUAUUGUACAGGUACUCUGGCAUAUAUGCCCCCCGAAGCUUUUAAUGACCUUAACAACAAGCCCACCAAAGCCUACGAUAUAUUCAGCUUUGGAAUCUUAACCUGGUCUGUUUUAUCAGGAGAAGAACCUUACCAAGGUGCUCCCCAAGAUAUGAUCCCUGUCAUGGUUCCCGAAAAAAAUCAGAGGCCUGACGAGAGUAUCCUGGACAAGUGGGACGAUGUACGAAUGUUGCCUGAAGCACGCAAGCUGAUGAGAAGGUGCUGGGAUGGAAAUGCAGAGAGAAGACCCACUUUCCAGGAUUGUGAUGAAUAUACCAGACGCUUUCUCAUGGAGUACAACUCUGAACUAGAGGACGCAGUUCGACAAACUCUUGCAUAUCUUAAGAAUUCCACGUCUUCUGUCCAGAGCGACGAUGACGAUGUAGACAUGGAAAGCGGUGCUAGUCUUCCAAGUUUUCAACUGCAGACACCGAUGAGUACAAGCCGUGAACUGGAAGUUUUUCAAUCUGACGAGUCCACUGACGAGUCCACUGGACUUGACAAACCGACCAGCUAUGCAAUGGCUGUCGUUAAAGACGUAAUGACAACAUCCAAAAAGCUGGGAAACGUCAUGCACGGGUUGCACACCUGCAUCAAUUCAGAAAAAGACGUGAAGUCGCCUGGGACUGACCGUGCACUUCAGGAAUUUGCUGUGGGCAUCAAAGAUGUUGUCGCUGAUUUUUGUGAAAUACCUAUAAUGAAGGAUCUAAUGAGUCACUUGCUGAAAUAAUGUUAAAGACUGCCAACAUGGAAGGAGUUAUGAUGUGCAAGCUGGGGUCAGGAGGUUGGCAUUGGUGGACCUCCCAGAUGUCAUGCGCUUCCUCUAAAAAACAUUCUAUGUGUGAUGGUCAAACCAUGGAGAACUAGCGUUGUCAAAAAACUGUGAUUAUCAUCAUGCCACAGAGACAAAAUGUAACAAUAUAAAUAAAUACAUUGAGAAGUUCUGAAUAAAACAUAUACAGUUUGUAAAUUGCUGAAAUAGCUGGUUAAUUGAUAAUCAAUAACUGCUCAAACCAUCCACUGGUGCAUGGAA